AGAUGCUCUGUCCUGUAAGAUGUUCUGUCCUGUCUACAUCGAGUUCAUGAGAUGCUCUACUCUUCUGCAUCAAGUUCAUAAGAUGCUCUUUCCUGUCUGCAUCGAGUUAAUGAGAUGCCCUACUCUUCUGCAUUGAGUUCAUAAAGUGGUUCCUCUCUAUCCUGGGCUUCAUCAUCAAUAUCGACACGUUGAUGUCAAUGGUUCCUGUGCUGCUUGAAGGACAGCGAUAUGUCCUGACCUACAGGUUCAGCCAGGACCACUUGGAGCUUCUCUUUAACUCCAUCAGAGCAUCCGGUGGCUGGAAUAACAACCCUAAUGCCAGCCAGUUCAAGUACAUCUUCCGAAAGCUGAUGGCCCGGUGUGGGGUUGUUAAACCAAGCAGCAAAGGCAAUGUGACUGCACAGGAUGACACAGAGUCCCUACCAGCUGUAGCAAUGUCCUCUGCUGCCCAGUCCUACCACAUCGACACAUCUACAAACCUGUCAGCUGUAGAUAUGUCCUCUGCAGAACAAAGAGAAGAUCUUCCAUCCCCGUUUGCUGACAUUCCUGCCCUUGUACAUGACCACAGCUACCUUCCCACCCGCUUCGAUGGUCUUGUGGACAACGCUCUCGUGUACAUUUCAGGAUUUGUUGUGCGACGGACGGUGAAGAAGCUGUCCUGUGAUGUCUGCCGUGCCAGCCUGGUGACGGACGCUGCAUCUGCCAGUAAGGACAAGAGCUACCACCUGCUGACUCUAAGAAACAAUGGAGGCCUGGUGAUUCCGUCUGAAGGCACGGUGAGGGUCGUCAGGGCAGCAGAGUGGGUCAUUCGCCAGGCAUCAGCAGAUUCCAGACGAUCACAGCCCAUCAAACUGCUAGAGGUCCUCUACAUUGUGCGGAAGAGGAUAGGUUCAGAGGAUGUGUUUUUGCUCGGGGAGCACAUCGGCGACACACAGUAUGGCAUUGACAGUCACCACCAUACGCUGGUAACAUUAGUUGUGUCCCUGUUUUUCAAGCUAAGGCUGCACCACAUUGCAAAAAUCAAUACUCUGAGCUUACAGAGUGGCAACAUGAGACAGAAGCUCACCAAAGCAGUCCUUUUCAAAGGGCAUUAGCUCCAACUGUGUGUGCACCGUGUGUCUUAUUGGUUUUGUGUUGUACUGUAUUGUAUUGUGUGCAGCUGGUCCUUGUCUCCAAGACAAAAUAAAAUAACCUUGAACCUUGAAGCCCCAUCUCUCC